AUGGCUCAGACCGUGCAGAACGUUACACUGUCCCUCACCCUGCCCAUCACGUGCCACAUUUGCCUGGGGAAGGUACGCCAGCCUGUCAUAUGCAUCAACAAUCAUGUAUUUUGUUCAAUUUGUAUCGAUUUGUGGUUGAAGAAUAAUAGCCAGUGUCCAGCUUGCAGAGUCCCCAUCACUCCUGAAAAUCCUUGCAAAGAGAUUAUCGGAGGGACAAGUGAAAGUGAACCUAUGCUAAGCCAUACAGUCCGGAAGCACCUUCGGAAAACUAGACUUGAGUUACUCCACAAAGAAUAUGAGGAUGAAAUAGAUUGUCUGCAGAAAGAGGUAGAAGAGCUUAAGAAUAAAAAUCUCAGCUUGGAGUCACAGAUCAAGACUAUUCUAGAUCCUUUAACCUUGAUGCAGGGCAAUCAAAAUGAAGACAAACAUCCAGUUGCAGAUAAUUCAAGUAAAAUUGACCCAGAAACUGUAGCAGAGUGGAAGAAAAAACUUAGAACAGCUAAUGAAAUCUAUGAAAAAGUGAAAGAUGAUGUGGAUAAGUUAAAGGAGGCAAAUAAAAAACUAAAAUUGGAAAAUGGUGGCCUAGUGAGGGAGAAUUUACGGCUGAAGGCUGAAGUUGAUAACAGAUCACCACAGAAGUUUGGAAGGUUUACAGUGGCUGCUCUUCAGUCCAAAGUAGAACAGUAUGAACGUGAAACCAAUCGCCUCAAAAAAGCCCUGGAACGAAGUGAUAAGUAUAUAGAGGAACUAGAAUCUCAAAUUGCACAGCUAAAAAAUUCAAGUGAAGAGAAGGAAGCUAUGAAUUCCAUUUGCCAGAGAGCACUUCCUACAGAUGGCACGGGGUGCAAAGGCAGCGAGGAGGAUAUGGCAUCCACAAAUCAAGGCGAUGGUGCCAGAAAGCAGCUUAGCUCUUCCACCCCAAGCUCCCACCUGACACAACCUUCUAACAGUUCCGCCCGGCAGGAAAGCACCAACAAAGCAGAACUAAAUUGUUCCAAGAACAAAGACCUAUAUCAAAAACAGGUGGAAAUAAUGUUAGGUGUAACUGAUGCCAGUAUGGAUACUUAUUUGGAAGGAGAAUGGGGUAAUAAGCCAACUGACAGUACACCCUACAAAGAUGAACUUUAUGAACUUCCAGCUCCUUGCACUCCUUUGUCCCUUAGUUGCCUUCAGCUCAGCACUCCAGAGAAUAGAGAGAGCCCUAUGGCCAAAGUGGGAAGUUCCAAAAAGCACUCAAACCAUCUCAGAAAAUUGGUGUUUGAUGAUUUUUGUGAUUCUACAAAUGUUUGUAAUAAAGAUUCUUCAGAAGAUGAUAAAAGUGAAAGUGAAAAGAAAUCAGAACGUUUUACUUCCCCAAAGACUGGGUUUUGGGAUUGUUGUUCCACAAGCUAUGCCCAAAGCUUGGAUUUUGAAAACACAGAGGACAACACGAUAGCAAAUUCUGUCGGACAGAUUUCUUCAAAACUGAGUGAGAAAUCGGCCUCAUGUUUAUCUAAGAGGCUGAAUUCUAUUCGCUCUUCUGAAAUGAAUCGGACAAGAACAUCCAGCGAAGCCUCAAUGGACGCAGCUUACCUUGACAAAAUCUCUGAGCUGGACUCAAUGAUGUCUGAGUCGGACAACAGUAAAAGCCCUUGUAAUAACGGUUUUAAGUCAGUGGAUUUGGAAGGGUUAUCAAAGUCAUCUCAAGGCAGUGAAUUUCUUGAGGAACCAGAUAAAUUGGAAGAACGAACUAAGCCAAACCUUUCCAAAGGUUCUCUAACUUCUGAUCAGUUAGAAAAUGGAAAUGAAUGGAAAUCAUCUUCUUUUUUCCUCCUCUCUCCAUCUGACCAAGAAAUGAGUGAAGAAUUUUCGGUCCAUCCCAGUUCUAACUUGGGAACUAAUGAACUCAAACCCCCAAGCUGCUUAUUUCAAACUGAGUUUUCCCAGGAUGUUUUGUUAAGCAGUUCACAUAGGCUGUUUGAAGAUCAAAGGUUCGGGUCAUCUUUGUUUAAGAUGUCCUCAGAGAUGCAUGGUCUUCCUAACCACCUUCAGUCUCCUUGGUCUACUUCUUUUGUGCCUGAAAAGAAGAAUAAAAAUGCGAAUCAGUCAACAAAAAGAAAAAUCCAGAGCAGCCUUUCCAAUGCUAGCCCAUCAAAAGCAACUAAAAGUUGA